AUGCCCGCCAGCAUGUUCAGCAUCGACAACAUCCUGGCCGCCCGGCCGCGCUGCAAGGACUCGGUGCUGCCGGUGGCGCCCAGCGCCGCGGCUCCCGUCGUCUUCCCGGCCCUGCACGGGGACUCGCUCUACGGCGCCGGCGGCGGCGCCUCCUCGGACUAUGGCGCCUUCUACCCGGGCCCCGUGGCCCCCGGCAGCGCAGGCCUCCCGGCCGCGGUCGGCGGCUCCCGCCUCGGCUACAACAACUACUUCUACGGGCAGCUGCACGUGCAGGCGGCGCCCGUGGGCCCGGCCUGCUGCGGAGCCGUGCCGCCGCUGGGCGCCCAGCAGUGCUCCUGUGUCCCGACGCCCUCAGGCUACGAGGGCCCAGGCUCGGUGCUGGUGUCCCCGGUGCCACACCAGAUGCUGCCCUACAUGAACGUGGGCACGCUGUCGCGGACGGAGCUGCAGCUGCUCAACCAGCUGCACUGCCGGCGGAAGCGGCGGCACCGUACCAUCUUCACCGACGAGCAGCUGGAAGCGCUCGAGAACCUCUUCCAGGAGACCAAGUACCCAGACGUGGGUACGCGCGAGCAGCUGGCCCGGAAGGUGCACCUCCGCGAGGAGAAAGUGGAGGUCUGGUUUAAAAACCGCCGUGCCAAAUGGAGGCGGCAGAAGCGGUCCUCGUCGGAGGAGUCGGAAAACGCCGAGAAGUGGAACAAGACAUCGUCGAAAGCCUCGCCCGAGAAGAGGGAAGAGGAAGGUAAAAGCGAUGUGGACUCGGACAGCUGACGGCUGCGGGCCGGCCGUGGCGCUUGCCUAACUCGAAGGACUUGCACAGACAGACGAUGCUACUUUCUUGCACACGCGCUGCCUUGCGGGAGGGGGUCGAGAAAGGAAGGAAGGAAGAUCUGUAAAUAGUGUACAGAGCCGGGAGGGUGCGCGCCUGGGGUCGCCGUGCCGCACCGGGGCUCCGCAGCCCCGCAGUCCGAGGCCGC